AUGAUGGAGGUGAUAGAAACUAUAUCUCCUCAAUAUAUUCGUUUUACUUAGACCCUAGGUUGCAAAUCUUGGCCAAAUUUCGGUGAAACUAAGUACGAAUAAAAGGCAAUGUAAAGUGACUGUAAACUUUGUGUAAGGCUUCAAUAAUUAAAGUAAGUGAUUCUAACUGAGAUCAGAUCUUUAUGUUCGAGUAGGUAUGAUCUAUAAACAUACUAAGUUUGAUAUUAGAAUUGAGAGCGACAGUAAAAGUGAUAACUAAGACAUACAAGGUCAAUGUAGAAAAAGGGACUAUGACAUUAACUUGA